CCCCGCCAGAAAGGUUCCCUAUUCCUGGUUGUGAAGUUGCGGAAGACAAUAGGAAAAAUGCCGCUGAAGCUCUUUGAUGCCACGGUUUCGAGCUUCGAUGGAGUCUUCGAGCAGUUUCGAUCAGAGGCGCCGAAGAACAAGGCCAAUCUAAUCGUCUUCCUGGCCGACAAAGACCCUGCUACCUCUCUCAGCUGGUGCCCUGACUGUGUGACGGCUGAGCCUGUGAUCUACAAAAAGCUGGAAGCUGCAACAGAUGAUAUUGCACUGUUGAGGGCUUAUGUAGGAGACAGACCAACAUGGAGUAACCCUCAGCAUCCAUGGAGGGUGGACUCAAGGUUCAAGAUCGCUGACGUGCCGACUUUGAUCCGUUGGGAGAAUGACACAAUCAAAGGUCGUCUGGAGGACAAUGAAGCCCACAUUGAAGACAAGAUUGAAGCUCUUCUUGCCUGAAAU